ACACGUUAUGCAUAAAUUCACAAACUCAGUAUCCGUAUUGCAGUUAGUAACCUGUAAGAGCAGUAGCAAUGGCUGCAGCAGUAGUAGUCCCGGAGUCCAUGCCUACCUCCAAAGCAAUGAAAGUAUCAUCUGUUUUUGAGGAGGGAAAUUUGAGUGUUAAAAGUUUCCCGGUGGAGUCAUCAGCGGUCUCUUCCAAAAGUAGGCCGUUGUUGGUAUUUACACCUACCGAACUAAACACCUACCCUGUUAUCCUCUUCAUUCAUGGCUUCCUGUGCUCAAAUACUUCCUACCGUCAGCUUUUGCAGCACGUUGCAACCCACGGCUUCAUCGUCGUCGCUCCUCAGACUAACCCCGGCAUCUUUGCAACGGUCUCCCAAGAAAUCACAGACGCAGCCGAGGUCACAAAAUGGAUGGCCACAGAACUUCAAGCCCUACUUCCUGAUAAUGUUACGGCGGACGUCGACAAUCUAGGCGUUGCAGGCCACGGCAGGGGUGGAUAUGUGGCGUUUUGCCUGGCACUGGGAAAGGCCGAAACAACCCUCAACUUUAAGGCAUUGAUAGGCAUUGAUCCUGUGGCAGGAGUCAACACAUUAUGGAGGAGCAAACCAGACAUUCUGACCUACAUCCCCCGAUCAUUCGAUUUAGAAAUUCCCGUCGGCGUUAUCGGAACAGGCUUGGGCAGCCAGAAAAAGAAUUUUCUGCUACCACCAUGCGCCCCCGAGGGUGUGAACCAUGCCGAGUUCUUUAACGAGUGUAAGCCCCCUUGUUGCUAUUUUCUUGCCAAGGAGUAUGGCCAUACGGGGAUGUUGGAUGACGGGGCUGCCAAGCUGGGAAACUGCGCGUGCAAGAGAGGCUCCCAGCCCAGGUAUCUGAUGAGAAAGGCAGUCGCCGGCAUUGUCGUGGCCUUUAUGGAGUCUUAUUUGAAAAACAAUGAAUCUGAUCUCCUGGCAGUCAUUAAUAAUCCCAAAAGCGCUCCUAUAACGCUUGACCCCGUUAUUUACGUCAACGCCUGAGAUAUUCCGGCCGUAUAUAUAUAUGUAUGUAGAAUCUGAUCGAGACUAUCAAGGGUGGAUCAUAAUCCCCGGAGAAUAAUGCUGUUUGUGUUUAUUAAUUAUGUUUCACUAUCGUUACAUUUACGUACGAGUUUCCUGGCUGGAUGUAUUUGCGUAAUUUUAAAUUGUUGAACAAUUUAUAUAUUGAUUUCACGGGGCCCUAUCUAGCUCUGGAAACCACAUA